GCGAGAUGAUAAUAAUGAUGCAUGUGUUUCGUAGACAGGUUGGCGGGUUGCCCACGAAGAGGUGGGCUUGGAGCAUGAAAAAAAAUCCCGACAAAAUUUUGACAUCCUUUUUCCAUCCCAUAGUGGACCUCUCGCAUGACAAUCAAGGCUGGUUCCCUGUUCGAGCCGAUUUUGGUGUAGGUUGGCAAGGGAGUAUAUACUCUCUUGGGCGACCACUCAGAAAGGAAAACCGGUCGGAUUUAUUGCAUUUUGUGUGCGCAAGCGAUUACUCCUCAGGUCUGACCGUCCGAUAGAGAGCAACAAAGCCAGCAAGCCAGCCGCUACCAAGCGAGAGGGGGGAAAGUAGUCUGGGUGGUAGACAUCCCAAAGCCAUCUGUUUUGUCCUUUUUUGAGCAUGGCCUCGACCGUUCUCGUCUCGAGAGCUCCAGCUCCCGUAGAGCUCGAUUCGGACAGCACCGGGGCGACGGUGCCGAUUCUAGGAGCACGCGGCGAUGAGCCGUACUAUUUCGGACUGCCGCCGCCGCCCAUCUCAGUCAAGGGCAGCCGCCGUGGUCGACUGGCGAGGGUGUCGAUGCCGCCAUCGAUGCCAGGGAACAGCGCGCGGGAGGAUGCGGCACGACGAGGCGUCUUUAUGUACACCUACCUCGCCCACGCCGAGCCACAGAAAGCAGAUGAGGUGGUUGCCGAUCCGAGAAGCGAUGUCAAUGGUGGCGGCAGAAGCAGCGACAGUAUCAACAACGGCCAGAGAACCAGCCGCCGCAUCACCUCCCGCACCAACGCUAUCGACCCAACUACUGCUGCAGCCACGAGGCUGAACCCGUCGUCCUACCAGAGCCACGACAUGUCCCAGAUCUCAAAAGAUCCUUCGACAGAUGCCCGAAGACGUGCAGAGUCCAAUGUCAGCAGCAGCAGUAGUAGGCCGCCGCCGCCGUUGCAGAGUCGCUCAGUCAACAUUCCUUUGAAAGGCUCAGAGAUAUCCGCUUACCCGUUCGCCAAGCUGCCAACUGAACGAUCUCAAUCUUUUGUCACUAAUCCCCUUUUUUUCCCAUUUGGCGCGUUUGCAACUUCGUAUCUGCCCUUUGCUUAUGAGCGGUCAAAAAAAAAAAAAAAAAAUCAACUCCACAAUGCUCGACGCCCGUUGAGCUGUACCCCAUACCUAAGAUACAUUGGGACAAAUUUCCGUCGGCCAAGUCGACCAGAGAAAUCAGAAAGUAAAGUUACGUUGACCAGUGCAUGGUCUGAGUGGACGACGACUGGUGCUUUUGUGGAUUGCCAAUGUGGCUUUUCACCGGCGCUGGAAUCAAUACAAGCCAAGCCAAGCCAGAGCUAAGCACAUCAAUAAUUGCUCUUCAGGUUCGCCUACAACCUGCCAGUGCGGGCACGCUGUCGGUCAAAGAACUGGCUAAUUUCCAAGUCCCAAAAAAGAAGCAAACAAAAGGGUCCGUGGACAUGAUGCAACCACCAGUUUGGGAUGAUUCCCUUCACAGUCAAGUCGACUAGAUUUUGAUGGUGUGUUUGCGCCACCCUUCCCAAAUGAGGCUUAGAGCCGUGUGCCUGCAGCUCCCUAGUCCCUCGCAUCACUCCUUGAAAUUUGGUCCCUGGCAACCUGCAGUGACUACUGCUAGCCAAUCCUACACGUCGGAUGGUGAGGCUAUACGAUGGCAGUGGGAUUUGUUGUCGUUGUGUGUGUAUGGCUUUUUUGUUGUGGUUCUCGAGUGAGGACCCCUCCCGUCAUAAGGCUUGGCAGCCACGCGUGUGGAAAAGAUUUCUCUUGUGUAUUAAGAUUAACGAGAUUAAGACCGCCCGGGCGUUGGUUGGAUCGGCUCACCUUUACCUUUGUAUGAAUGCCUCGAAGUCUGGGACCGAAAAAGAGACAAUGGAGUAUGCCUAGCUUUCUGUCUUGCGUCUCAGGCUCCAUGUCUUACUCCAUGUCAAGCCACGAGCUCGGUCUACCUUCUUUUUCUUCUCUUGGUUCCCCCAUUUUCUUUUUCGCAUGUACUUUUCAUACUAUUUUCUGCCAUAUUACUAGACGAGUGUCUCCAAACAUUGGCGUUUAUUCUUUAAACAUAACAUAUAAUAGCCUGCCUUCUUGUCACACCAUUCCCAGUUACGAAUUCUUGGAUCUGAAGGAUCUCACACUUGUUAGAAGCUGGCGACUAAGAUCGAGAAAACUAAAUCUCUAGAACCAGGCCAAGACCUGCCGCUCACCAGAGGCACUUCUCAGCCUCAGCCUCACUGCCGUCAGCAAACACCGACAAGAAUGACGCUCUGCUUCUAAGGCCCCCGCCGCGUUCUCCCCGCCCGCAAACUGAAUUGCCACCGACACGCAGUUCCACGAUGGCGGGUUCCACGGCCAUGAUGCCACCAACACAAACUGGCCCAUAUCCUCGCGAUCACCAUGCAUCGGCUGGACCUUAUCCACAGGCUAUGCCUUACCAGAAGCAGCCACAGGAAGAGUUCAUGAUGAAGACGGAUCGAUCUUAUGCACGGGCCAGAACUCAGCGCCAGCCCGAAAAUUAUUACGAUCAGCGCCAGCAGCCUUUCUCUCACCACUACCAUGAACAGAACCGCCCUAAUCAUCAAUACGAACAUCGCCCAAACCAGCAACAUGCUCCUCCAAAAUCACCCAACUUCGCACCCCAAACUGAUCAUCACCAACAAGGCCCGCCGAACCCAGGGCGCCAACAGAAUUCUCCGUAUCAGCCUCAUCAGUACCGCUCUCCUCACCAGCACCCUCAGGUUCAGCGACCACCAGCGCAAAGACCACCUGGCCCCGAGAAACAACAGACCCAGCGCUAUCCUGACCUGCCGAGGCCAGUUGUGGAGACCCGUGCCAUGACGGACCGUUUUCCAGAAGGUCCGCCGAGGCCGGUGGCGUAUAACUUUCCCCGGCGUCUUUCUAGCGCAAAUACUGCCUCGUCAGCGAAUGCAGGGGUUUCUCACGAUAGUUUUCAGUCGCGAAUGCGCAACCCAAGCUGGACAAGUCAAACUUCGACAGAAUCUUUCCAAUCGUCACUUUCGAAUCCGCCCCCCAUCAACCGACCAGGGCAUUUCCCACGACAAACGAUGAAGCCGCGACAGCCAAUCAAGCCCGGAGAGUUAUUUGCUGCCCUUCCGGGCGAGGUCCUCGAGAUGAUUCUCGACAACCUCAAGCAGCAGCACCUGGAGCCCGGCUCUGCUAGCUGUGCGACUUGCUGGAUGAGGGAUGUCUGCGCAAUUGCAAUGAGCGGGAGGAAGUGGCUCAAGUUUGCCAGGAACGCUCUCUAUGAGGAUAUCCAGCUGAACGGAGCCGACUCUGCUGCCCACAAAAAGAAGUUCAAGGGGGUGAUCGGCACACGUCUGGUUCUUCUGCGACGAUCACUGCGCGCGAACCCAGUUCUCGCCGCAACUGUACGGUCGUUGAAAGUUCCGGCGCCGUCACAGCAGCAGUCCCUUGAAGAAUACCAUAAUCUUAUCGCGACGGUAGUCAUGGCAUGUCCCAACCUGGAACGGGUCAGGGGCUUCUAUCCGACCUAUAACCACUCGUUUACCCGAUUCUUCCAAGCAAUGUCAUCGAGGCAAAGGCUCAAGGAGAUGAACUGGAUUGUGCAGCCGUCGCCGUUCCAGAGACAACAGCGAGUGCGGAAGGCACCCGAUGACCAGCUCGGGAGGAACCUUAUAACUCCUGGUGACUUGCAGCCUCAGCAGACGCUCGCCUGGCUCGACAACCAUGCCAACUGGCGUUAUCUUACCAACUUGACGAUUCACUGUAUCCCCGGCGCUACACUGACACCAUCAACUCUGUUGAUUGACACAAUAGAUCGGCUCCCAUCACUACAAACGCUGUACCUCUCCGGGCUGCCGCAUAACGCUUUCGGCGACAACGAGCUUCUAUCAUUGCCGCCCUUGAAGAAGCUGUCUCUGGUCAACCUUCCGGGUAUCACAUCUACCGGACUAUCUUCGUUUGCAACCUGCUGGAAUAGCCGGAGUCUUAGGUCGCUAUCUCUGGUUCAUUGCGAUAUCCAGUGGAUACCAGCCAUGGCUCGCAUGUUUUCCAACCUGUCGUCCCUCGAAAACUUUGCCUUCGUUCAGUCAUACCCACCCAUGCUGCCAUCAGACGAGGUCAUCUGGCUCUUCCCUUACCUCGCCUCUUCAUCCCUGAAAAAGCUUCACUGGGACAUACCUUCGGCGAAAGAGAACGCGAGUGCUGCAGAUUUCAUUUUUUCGCGCAGCAUCCAGGCCAACGGAUUUCCGGCUCUCCGUCGCCUGCGGGCCCCCGCAGAUCCCGAAGGUUUGUUCCAGUCUGCAUGCCGCCCACAGGAGAGAUAUGAUCUCCCGAGCGACAGGUUCAAAAACAAUAAACUUGGCGGCCGACCAGCAUUGCAUCAUAAGCGAACUGGAAGCCAAGGUAGCACGGCCAGCUCGCAAAACUCGACGGAAACUGCCAAGUCUAAGAAAGGCUUCCCGUCGCCAACCAGCCCACCAACUCCGGCAGGGUCCACUAUGUCUUCGAGCGAGCAACCACUCUGUACCGAUCUACACCAGGCGCGACUUGCUGCCCAGGCACGACAGGAGGCGGCGCGACUGGCCCCUAGGUUCCUUGUGAACGUGUUGGAUGAUGACGGAUCGAUGGUGGAUCGGUUUGGGCUAGCGGGAUAUAUGGGUGACAUCACAUCCAAAAUCAAGUAUCAUCUGCUGCCGGACGAGGGUACUAUUGACGAGAAGGGCGGCCUUGUCGAUAUUGUCGACCUGCUAGUCGACGGUGGAGAAGACCUGACAGGCAACAGCACGCUCGCGACGGCCAGAGCGAUCGCCAACGGUGACAGUGGCAAUCAGGGGCCGGCCACUCUGACCAAGAAGGACAAGGCAAAGGAGAAGAACGAGGAACCUAGUAGGCUCAAGGAGGGGUGUCAGGGGAGGUGGAACUAUGGUGCUGUGACGGAAAAGAAGGACAAGGAGAGGUGGUCGCACACUGAGAGAGGCCGUUGGAGAGGGGUUGUCUUGUCUUGAUAAUUCAGACUUCCCAGAGGUGAAGAUAACGAUAUCAUGAACAACCGCAUUCUGUUACAAGUUCCUUUGUUCUUUUUUUUGUUUUGUUUUGUUUUUUUUCUUUUUUUUUU